AAUUUAAGCCAACCCAGCCCACUCUGCACUCGCUUCCUUGCAGCUCCCCUGUUGUUAUUUCCAAAGCCUAUUUCUUGCUCUCUCUCUCACAAAAUCCUGUCCCUGUGGCCACAAACCCUCCUCCCAGAUUUCCCUCCCUCUCUGUCUCUCUCUCUGCGCCACAACUCAAAACGCCCCGCUCACUUGUUCUGUUCUGUCCUUUCUCUCUACUAGUGUACUUCUGUUCGCUCUCUCUCUCUCUCUCUUACUUGUCUUCUUGUAUUCUACCGCUGCCUUUAUCUAUUCUUUAGUGGAAACCCAUGCGGUUUAGAUGACAAUAGACCACCAUGGGCUAGUAGGUUGAUCUUAGCAUUGAUUUCUCCUGACAAUAGAACAAACAGCAACCAUGCAUCACGGUGGUUCCGCCGUAUCCCAAGAAACAAGUAGUGUCUUCGAUUUGGUAUCCCAUUUGGGUCGCUUUGCAUUCAAUACAAGGCUCCAUAACUCAGGCUCGGAUGGAUGCUCGUCCUUCCUUUCCAAUUCUCUCUACUACGAGCCCCUUGGCGGCUCAAAAAAGCUUAACUUGCGUGCCUCACUGAGCUUGGGCGGUAGAGGCGCUUCGGGUAUUAGGAGUGUUCUCAAUGACUUCAACAGAGCUAUAAAGUUCCAUUGCGAGAGAAUUCCAAUUGGGUUCGCCUCGGUUCGGAUUGGCUCGGGGGACAGCAAUGGGCUUAGAGAAGAUGGGUGUGUUGUAUCGGAGGAUGAUGGCUUGACCUUGAACGGUGUGGAGGCUGAGACCCCCAAAAAGGUUUUGAUUUUGAUGAGUGACACCGGUGGGGGCCACCGGGCUUCGGCUGAGGCUAUAAAGGCCGCGUUUCAUGAAGAAUUUGGCGAUGAGUAUCAGGUGUUUAUUACCGAUUUAUGGACGGAUCAUACUCCUUGGCCAUUUAAUCAACUUCCCAGGAGCUAUAAUUUUCUGGUGAAACACGGAACCUUGUGGAAAAUGACUUAUUAUGCAAGCGCUCCCCGCGUGGUGCAUCAAUCCAACUUUGCUGCAACCUCAACAUUUAUAGCUCGAGAGGUUGCUAAAGGCCUGAUGAAGUACCAGCCAGAUAUUAUUAUCAGUGUGCACCCACUGAUGCAGCAUGUUCCCCUUCGUGUCUUGAGGUCAAAGGGCCUGUUGAAGAAGAUUGUCUUCACUACUGUAGUCACAGAUCUAAGCACUUGCCAUCCUACAUGGUUUCACAAGCUUGUAACCAGAUGCUAUUGCCCAUCAGCUGAGGUAGCGAAGAGGGCCUUAAAAGCUGGACUCCAGCCUGCCCAAAUUAAGGUUUAUGGACUUCCUGUGCGACCUUCCUUCGUUAAGCCUGUUCGUUCAAAGUUUGAGCUAAGGAGAGAGCUAGGAAUGGACGAGAAUCUUCCUGCUGUGUUGCUGAUGGGAGGAGGAGAAGGGAUGGGCCCCAUUGAGGCUACUGCUCGAGCACUUGGGGGUGCAUUAUAUGAUGAGAAUCACGGGGAGCCUAUUGGUCAGUUGCUUGUAAUUUGUGGCCGCAACAAAAAGCUUUCGAGUAAACUGCUUUCCAUAGAUUGGAAGAUUCCUGUCCAGGAGUGUUUGAAGCGUUUCAAACGUGUUUGGGAGGACAAAAGUCUUCAUCCAUACGAAACUUCUCAGAUUUUUCAGGUGAAGGGGUUUGUCACCAAAAUGGAGGAGUGCAUGGGAGCUUGUGAUUGCAUCAUCACAAAGGCUGGCCCAGGGACGAUUGCAGAGGCCAUGAUUCGUGGCCUCCCUAUCAUUCUGAAUGAUUUCAUUGCCGGCCAGGAGGUUGGAAACGUACCAUAUGUGGUCGAAAACGGAUGUGGGAAGUUCUCUAAAUCGCCAAAAGAGAUAGCAAAUAUUGUUGCCGAGUGGUUUGGUCCAAAAGCUGACGAGCUUAAGGUAAUGUCCCUAAAUGCAUUGAAGCUGGCUCGGCCUGAUGCUGUAUUCAAGAUUGUUCAUGAUCUUCACGAGCUUGUUAGACAAAGAAGUUUCGUACCUCAUUAUUCCUGUACAACUUAACCCCAUUGCUCACUCUCAGUUUUGGUGCAUGUCUCCCGUUAAGUUCGCCAUUGGGCAAAUUAAUUACAUUAGCCUUCUCCUGCCCUUUUCAUUUUUUUAUAUGAUUUUCAGUCAACGAUAAUAAAUUCGUAUUUUCUUGGAUAA